GCCGUGGCUGACAGUCGUCGAGUGCCUUGCCUUGUCAGUCUCCAGCGGGUACAAGACGCGACACACGGCGGCCAGCGGGCAGGGAAGAAGCACCAAGCAGUUGGUUGUGUGUCGGGCCUCCUUCAUCUAGCACACUGGGAAGGAUUACCGAAGGGACUCGAGUUGCCUCCCACCCAUGGCUUCACGCGCCUGAGCCUUUCAAGUCGAGAAGAUGGAGUGUGAGCUGUACUGCGGCGUGUGUCGGGAAGUGUACGAGGCCGGGGAGAGGGAGCCUGUGGUGCUGCCUUCCUGUGGUCACGCCUUCUGCAGGAGUUGUCUGGCGAAGCUGGAGGAGGACGCCGACAAGGUGGGGAGCUAUUUCUCGUGCCCCAACUGCAGGAUGAGCCACAAGAGCCCCUCCGUGCGUGCCCUUCCGCCCGUGUUUGCGCUCCUGCACCUCUCGGAGAACUACAAGAAGUCUGUGGAGGAUGGACGAAGCAAAUGUACGGUCCACGGCUCCGCCCUGGAGUUUUGGUGUUGUGAGUGCCACUCGACGCUGUGUGGCCACUGCCUGCUGGAGGGCCACGUACGGGAGGGCCACGACGUGCAGUCGAUACAGACCUUCAUGGAGAAGCAGUGGCGGGACGUCCGAACAACUGGCGCACGGCUGCUGUGGGAGCUCAAUCAGAGGCGGCGGGCGCUACAGACGGAGGUGGCCGGUCUGGUGGGUCAGCUGGUGCGCGCGGCCCACCAGUCCCAGGUUACCUUUGACCUGGCCAGCCGCGUGGCCAAGAUACUGGAGGGGACAGACAGGCCAGCCACCGUCGAGGAGGUACUCAUAGCCGCCACGCUGAUGGGGAGUCUGGAACACGAAGUGAAAAAUACAACGUCGAAAGGGAAAGUUCCAGCGAGAACCAGAUUACUGCGAUGCAAGUCCUAUGGUGAGGGCCCGAAGCACCCAGCAGUGGCAGUAACUCCCCGACCGGUGUCUAUUUCUGAGGCAGACUGGAGAGAAGUUCCUUUGGAAGAAGCCUUUGGACGUGAGGGCUCGGAGAGUAUUAUUUCUCCGGCCUUUCCUGGUGGCGGGGAGACCGAGGCACUGGAGGCCAACACUCGACCAGAGGAUGUUGAGACAGAGGCUGGACACAACGACGCCGGGUCCCUGGGGCUGUCAGGCGAGGAGAGCGAUGGAGGAGUGCCUGAGGAGGCGACGUCCCCCGAGGAGGAGUGGCCGGUGGAGUGCAAGGUGGCUGUGGGCGGUGGGCGGCAAGGCAGGCUGCGCUGGGAGGACGGCCGGGUCCACGCCUACGCCUUCGCCCACGAGGACCGGCCCAACCACCUCCUCCUGCAGCUACCGUUCCUGAGGUUCCUGGGUCACGACGCUCAGCCGGAGGUGUUUCUGGACGUGGCUGCGGAGGAACAUCUGCUGGGCCGCGUUUACAUCAGGCUGUGGGGACACCUGCGCCGCGCCCAUCACUUCCUCGCCCUCUGCAUGGGCACACAAGGGCCCUCCUACCGCGGCAGCAAGUUCCACGGGGUUGCCAAGAAGGGAAGCAUGGGGGAAACUCUGGCAGGGGGAAGAUACCUGACAGAUGACGGGGGUAACUGCGUGCAGGGUCUGGUAGAGAGUCUGGAGUGGGGCGGACCGUACAUCCGAGAGAAAACGGCGGGACUGGUGGUAGCGGCGAGCGGGGGGAAACCGGAGCAGGACGCGUUCUUCCACAUCUGUACCCGUGAUCAUCCCGGCCGGAAGUUCGCGUGUGCAUUCGGCGAGGUGUGCGCCGGCAUGGAGGUGGUGCACAAGGCCGUUGCCCUCCACCCGUCGCACGCCAUCAAGGUGCUGGACUGUGGCCUCGUGUUGCCUCGCCUGCAGGGCUAAAGCGCAACUCCCACACACCCGACACAGCGGGAUGGAAAGAAGGAAGCUAGUCAGGUGGAAAGGGUCAGGUUCUAGUGGCCAGUUUAUAAGGAAGUCCAACCCGAUCACUAACUUUUCAAACACAGACCGUUCGACGUUCGUGUUUUCUUCACACAUUCAACACAGAGGGAUAGAACGGAGGGAGCUAGUCAGGAGGAAAGGAUCAGGUUCUAAUUGCCAGUUUAUGAGAUAUCCCAACCCGAGACCAAUAGCGUUUCAAACACAGAGACGACCGUCAGUGUUCUUCAAACUGCAUUGUUAUAUAUAUAAUAAGUUGAGGUUGGUGACAGUCUCGAUUGAUAAAGGUGUAUCUGAAUCUGAAUCUAUGUGAAGCAGAUCUAGCCUAUAAAAUCGUGAGCAAGCUUAUACUAUAUUAUCAUGCGUUCGCAAACCGCUACAGCAUUUCGGUGUGGAUGUGCCACUUGUGAAUGAUGGAUCAAUGUAUGAUGGAGCGUGAAUGGUCGCAGGGAAGUUAUAUAUAUUUUUGUCGUGUGCUUGAAGGUGUGAAUAUAACGAUGUAAUAAAUUUGCUUUUCUAUGAACAAAAUAUGUUUAGUUUUA